AUGAACGUCGUAGCAGAAAUUCAGCGGUUAAAUGAGCGCGAAUUGGAGCUUAAUGUGCCUCUAUCAGGGUCAUGGCAUCAAAAAUACAAGGAUUCGGCAUGGGUUUUUGUUGGUGGCUUGCCAUUUGAACUGUCUGAAGGCGAUGUGUUGUGUGUACUGAGCCAGUUUGGAGAGAUUGAGGAUAUUCACUUGGUACGUGAUGGCAAAACGGGCAAAUCUAAAGGUUUUGCUUUUAUCAAGUUUGAAGACCAGCGCAGCACAAUUUUGGCUGUCGAUAAUCUGAAUGGCUUUAAGUUACUCGAUCGUGUGUUGCGUGUAGACCACGUGCUGAAAUACAAGCUGCCGAAGGAGUUGCAAGAAGAAAGUGACUCGGAGGACGACGAUCAUGUGAGAAAACAACGCGGUUUACCAGGUCAUGCUUACGAAGGCAAAGAGUUGGCAUCGUCAUUUGAUUUGGAAAAGGGAGUCAAUGUCUUUGCAACCGUUAAAGAGACACAUAAAGAGAAGAAAAAGAGAAAGAGAGAGGAGAAAAAGAUGAAGAAAGCUGCUAAGAAAUUAAAAAAGAUUGAAAAGAAGCAGCAAAUGAUUUUUGAAGAGGUGCAAAAGAGGAGGCGGGCUCAACGGCAAAAGGAAGAAAAAGACAUCAUGCAGACAGAAGAGGACGGAUCAUUACAGCCAAGUGCAACGGGAUGGAGAGGCCGAUUGGAGCCAUCGACCAUGCGACCAAGGCGCGGGAAUGAUACACAAUGGCAAGAGGAGGAGAAAAGAGAAGCCAAGAGUUAUGGUGGUAUCACCCGUGACCGAUAA